AUGGCGUCGUCUUCAUCUAGUAGCAUCGGCCCACACGGAAGCAGCUCCAGUGGUCAUGCAACUGGAUUCAAGGUGUACGGCAGUGUGUUCAAAGUGAGCUCCCGGUACCAGUUCCUCAAUCCGCUAGGCAAAGGCUCGUACGGCAUAGUUUGUGCCGCAAAAGACCGCGAAACAGGGCAAUGCGUGGCCAUCAAGAAAGUGAGCCCCAUGGCCAAACGCACAGUAGAUGCCAAGCACACACUUCGCGAGGUUUUGCUGCUGCAGCUCCUCGGCAAGCACCCGAAUGUUAUAUCGAUCCACAAUUUGUCGACCAAUCUGAAAGACGACGAGCUGUACAUCGUAAUGGACCUCAUGGACACGGACAUGCACCGCGUGAUCCAAAGCUCGCAGCCUCUUUCCGACGCUCAUGCCAAAUAUUUCCUCCACCAGCUUCUGCGUGGAGUCAAGUAUCUUCACGACAACGGCGUGCUGCACCGAGACCUGAAGCCGGGAAACCUGCUCCUGAGCAAGACAUGUCAGCUCAAAAUCGCCGACUUUGGUCUUGCCCGGAAGAUUCCUCGUGUCUUGGGGUCCUCCGGCACCCUUGAGCGCCCUCGAUCUGCACCCGCAGCUAGCUCAGGCUCAUCGUCAAGCAGAAUCUUGGAACGACCACCCAUGACUGAACACGUCGUAACUCGCUGGUAUCGAGCUCCUGAACUGAUGCUGCAGCCUGAUGGACUGUACGACCAGAGCGUGGAUAUGUGGUCUGUCGGGUGCAUCUUCGCUGAGAUCCUGGGUCGCAAGGCGUUGUUCCCUGGCAAAAACUUUCUGCAUCAACUCACCCUCAUUUUUGAUGUCAUCGGAGCUCCCCCGCCUGAGGCCACGACGCGAAUUCAGAGUUCUCAAGCUCAGCGGUUCUUACGAUCACUAGGCAGGAAGCCGAAGGUGCCAUUCCGUACACUGUUCCCGAACGCGUGUGACGCCGCUGUGGACUUACUCGACCGCCUACUGGAGUUUGACCCAGCCAAACGGAUAUCUGCGCAAGAAGCGCUUGACCACCCGUACAUGCAGGACAUCGAGCGUAAGUACCGACAUCGCAGCGGAGGGGUGGACCCCCCGCCGUCCAUGCGCGCGGACUUCUCCUUUGACUUGAAGAACUUGAGCAAGAUGGACCUGCGUGCGCUCAUUGUAAAGGAGGUGGACAACCACCGCAAGUCCGUCACGUCUCGGGGUAGCUCUGCACACGCCGAUAGCAGCUCUUCAGGAGACAGUAGUGAUACCCCCGACCACCGUCCAGCAGUUGAGAAAACUCGCUCUGGAUUGACCCCCAACGCGACAUCAAGCUCCACACCGACGGCAAAUAUCGGCAGCUCUGGCACUCGACUCAGCAAACUUCAUACGAACAUACGUCAAGCCCAAGCACAAAGUCACCAGCACAAUGAAGCAGCUCAACAGGGACAACCUCAAGCCGCCACAUUUGGAUCGAAUCGCCAGCGUAUACGAGCCGUUAGUAAGCCACCUGUCCCGAAACAGCAAGAAACUGGCAUCGCGGUCUCGAAUCAGCACGAACACGUUCGCGUCGUGGCAGCUCAAGCCUCUCUACUGUCAGAUAGUUUGACGUCAAGAGUAUCUCCACCACCGGAGGAAGAAGAGAACCCCGAGUCGUCCCUCUCGUCUUCUUCUUCAUCUUCUGCAUCGUCUCCUGCCUCCCCACCAAGGAGCGACACGUCCGAUAGUCACAAGUGCAGUGGCGUCUCGCGCUCGAACCGUCCGGGGUCAGCCAUGCUGCUGACUAAAAGCAAGAAACUAAAGCCGGUGGACCAAGUUUCAGCACCGAAUGCAGCGGGGAGGCCGCGUCGAGUGUCUUCAGCCGGCCCUGUCCGUUCGAAGCCUCGACCGUUGACGGCCAAUGGCUCCCUCACAGCCAGGAACUCCGGGACCAGCAACACCUUCGUGGGCUCCAUCAACUCGCUCAUCCGAGCGCAACGGUCCAACACGGGCCAGUCUCUAGCAGAGACUGCUAACGACAUGCUGGCCGGAAUGAGCCGCAAUGAGCAGCACCAAGAGUCUUCCGAUUCGAGGGAGGAAGGGGUUCACCUCAAGCCUCAGCGCUCGUCGGCGCAGCUUCACGGCGCAGACGCCACUGGUAAGAAACACCCAGCCAAGAAGCUCACAGUGCCAAGAAGCCCCAAGUUCUCCGUCAUGUCGUGGCAAAAGAAGAGGGAGGGGAGCGCUAGAGUAGGAAGCUACGCGACCGGCAUACCCCAUUAA